GCGAAAUUCAAGAUGGCGGGGACGCUAAGGCCAUUUGUGUUUUGGGGACAGAAAAACGAUUCAAUUUCCUUGAAGAUAGAUCUAAGAGAUGUGACAAUUGAUAAUGUUAAUUUGACAGAAGACCGCCUUGAAACAAGCUUUGAAGGUGUGGGUGCCCAAGGACACAACAAAUAUAGCUUUGAACUAGACUUUUAUCUUCCAGUCGAUACGGAGAAUAGCAAAGUUCGUACCACAGACCGUGCAGUGGAGUUCAGCAUAAAGAAAAAAGGUGCCGAAGUAUGGCCACGUUUGACAGAGAAACAGGAGAAACUGCCAUGGUUGAAGAUAGACUUCGAUAAAUUUGCAUUUGAGGAUGAUGAUGACUCGGAAGAAGAUGCUGAGAAGAUGGCUGCUGAAGAGAUAAUGAGGAAGUUGGAAAAAGAUUUGAAAGAAAAUUCAGUGAAAUCAAUAGACAUGAAGGCUACAUAUUUGUUUACAUACAAUUUCCUACAGUUUGUUGGGUUCCUCUAUAUUGUGACUGUCUUGUCUUACAACUUCCUCAAACUAGGCUCAGUUGCAAAAGAGAAGGCAUUUGAGAUGGUAGGAUACCAGAUAAUGUUCUGUCAGACAGCUGCGGUGCUAGAAGUUAUCCAUCCACUCCUUGGUUUAGUCAAAACAGGAGCUUUAGCACCUCUACUUCAGGUAGGGGGUCGAAAUUUGAUUUUGUUCUUGUUGGUACUACAAGAUGUCAGAUUACAGAUAGCUCCGGUAGUAUGGUACUUAUUGAUGACUUGGUCAACUGUAGAAUUAAUCAGAUACCCAUUUUACAUGUUUUCAAGUAUAGGAAUGGAUGUGAAAAUGAUAACAUGGUUACGUUAUACAGCCUGGAUACCUCUUUAUCCAUUAGGAAUUCUUUUUGAAGGUACCAUAGUGAUCAUGUCUAUACCAUUGUUUGAAGAAUCAGGGAAAUUCAGUUUACAGCUGCCUAACUCGGCAAACUUUGCAUUUUAUUUCCCAUGGUUUUUACAUUUGUAUCUUCUAAUACUGGGGCUAGGAGGUAUCCAAAUGAUGAAGCACAUGCAUUCACUACGUAAAAAGAAGUUCGGAUCAAAAGAUAGUCAGAAAAAAGCAGCAUAGAUAGGGUGAUAGGCUUUAGAUUAUAGUAAAUUAUGUCCUAGCAUUUCAGCACAUGAGCUUGAUGUAUAUUUAGGUCAAAUUAAGCUCAGUUUCACCAUUGAAUGGCAUUAUUAUUAAAGAAAUAUUUAUGUGAAGUCAAAUGAGGUCAUGAAUCACAUUUGAAAAAAAGAAAAAAUCAUCUCCAUUAGUAUGUAACAAUGUUUUUCUUCUUUUUUCUUUGUUGAAUUACAUUUAUUGCUUGUUAUAUUGCAUCAAAGGUUACAUCAUUUUAUAAAACUAUUUAAAUCCAUUGUAAAGUAACAAACUAUAUAAGGAAUGUUUUGAUAUUCAUUGUUCAUAGCAAUGUUGUUUGUUCUCUCAUUAUAUUGGAGCUUGAUUAUAAGAAGUCUGCUGGUCAUAAAACUGACAUUUUUAAUACAGAAAUAUCUUACUACCACCCUUGGUGACAUUUAAAAUUAUGUAAAGUUUAUAUUUGGAUCUUGCAUUCAUUUAAAUCCCUGUUACAGAAAGGAUGGAUCAAAUAGUUAUCAGGCCUCGUGUUCACAAAACAUUUUUCGAUCUCAGCUGAGUUUGAGUUUGAAAUUUUAAUAUCAGUUUUACUAAAACUUCAAGCUUAAAUUCCAAAUGAGACAGACCAUCAGUACCGAAUAAUCAUUUUAAAAUAGUAAUUAACUUAAAAUUUAGUCUUAAACAUGCUAUUUAGAUAUAAAUGAGAAAUUAAGUUUCAUUAUCAAACUCAGCUGAGACUGAAAUGUUUUGUGAACACGGGGCCAGAACACGGUUCCAUAAAUAAAAGGAAAUGCUGUGUAAAACAUGUUUAAAACAAGAUUUUGCAUAGGACCCUUGAUUUUUAGAUACAUUAUUCUGUGUUAAUUAUUACCUCUCUUUGAAUGAAAAUUCAUGAUCAUAUGUUACCAUUUUGUUAUAUAAUUUAUGUCCAAAUUAAUGGUUACUAGAUCUACCAGUAAAUGUUUAGAUAAUCUUUAUUUUUUUAUAUGCCAGUAGGGACAUACUAUGUUAUGACGCCAGUGUCCGUCUGUCUGUCCAUCUGUGCAUCCGUUAGCAAUUUUGUGUCUGCUCUGUAACUCUUGAACCCCUUGAAGGAUUUCGAAGAAACUUGACACAAAUGUUCACCACAUCGAGACGACGUGCAGAGCGCAUGUUUUGGAUGGCUCGCUUCAAGGUCAAGGAUGACCUUAAGGUCAAAGGUCAUAUGACUUUGUUUUGUUUCGAUUUGUAACCCUUGUACUGCAUGAAUGAUUUUAAAAAAACCUUUGUGGAAAUGUUCAUCACAUUGAGACUCGUUAAGGUCAAGGUUAGACUUUGGUGUCACAGGUCAUACCUUUGGGCAUAUAAUGAUCCGUAUUGUGAUGCUCUUGUCUUGUGGUUGUUCUGAUGUGUAUAUGUUGUGCAAAAGAAAUAUUACAAUGAAAUAAUGGGUAAUUUUUAUGCCCCCGAAGGGAGGCAUAUAGUUUUUGAACCGUCUGUCGGUCUGUCAGUCUGUCCGCAAUUUUCAUGUCCGGUCCAUAUCUUUGUCAUCGAUGGAUGGAUUUUCAAAUAACUUGGCAUGAAUGUGUACCACAGUAAGACGACAUGUCGCGCGCAAGAACCAGGUCCGUAGCUCAAAGGUCAAGGUCACACUUAGACAUUAAAGGAUAGUGCAUUGAUGGGCGUGUCUGGUCCAUAUCUUUGUCAUCGAUGGAUGGAUUUUCAAAUAACUUGGCAUGAAUGUGUACCACAUUAAGACGACGUGUCGCGCGCAAGACCCAGGUCCGUAGCUCAAAGGUCAAGGUCACACUUAGACAUUAAAGGAUAGUGCAUUGAUGGGCGUGUCUGGUCCAUAUCUUUGUCAUCGAUGGAUGGAUUUUCAAAUAACUUGGCAUGAAUGUGUACCACAUUAAGACGACGUGUCGCGCGCAAGACCCAGGUCCGUAGCUCAAAGGUCAAGGUCACACUUAGACAUUAAAGGAUAGUGCAUUGAUGGGCGUGUCCGGUCCAUAUCUUUGUCAUCGAUGGAUGGAUUUUCAAAUAACUUGGCAUGAAUGCGUACCACAGUAAGACGACGUGUCGGGCGCAAGACCCAGGUCCGUAGCUCAAAGGUCAAGGUCACACUUAGACAUUAAAGGAUAGUGCAUUGAUGGGCAUGUCCGGUCCAUAUCUUUGUCAACCAUGGAUGGAUUUUCAAAUAACUUGGCAUGAAUGUGUACCACAGUAAGACGACGUGUCGCGCACAAGACCCAGGUCCGUAGCUCAAAGGUCAAGGUCACACUUAGACGUUAAAGGUCAUUUUUCAUGAUAGUGCAUUGAUGGGAGUGUCCGGUCCAUAUCUUUGUCAUUCAUGCAUGGAUUUUAAAAUAACUACGCAUGAAUGUGUGGCACAGUAAGACGACGUGUCGCGUGCAAGACCCAGUUCCGUAGGUCAAAGGUCCUAAACUCUAACAUCGGCCAUAACUACUCAUUCAAAGUGCCAUCGGGGGCAUAUGUCAUCCUAUGGAGACAGCUCUUGUUCCUUAUGAUCUACCAUAAACAAUGUGAGAUUUUACAGUGAGUUUACUGACCUAGAAAAGUUUCUGGACAGUCAAAGAAUUUGAAAACUUUUCAAUUUUGUCAUUGGAAAGUUAGGGAAAUGCAUAAAAAUACCUGCUUAAAUUCUAGAGAUGAUCAGAUUAGUAAAUAAGCAGCAAUAGAAUAUUUUCUUCAAAUAGGAGUUUGGUAAAAUGCAACUUAAACGCAUUAUAUCUAUUUAGUUUAGUAGGAGUUGCUCCCCUUGGUUAAUAAUUCUUGACACUUUGUUUUGCCUUUCCAAGUUCCUCUGUGGUCACUUCAGCAGAAAGUGACCCACUUCCUUUCUCAGAAUCAAUGAAAAAAAUGUUUUCUGAAAAGUAGAGCAGUUAAUGAUUGACCAGUUUUAUCUCAGACCCUAUCUAAGAGCAGUGUAGAGCUUAGGUAUUGCUCGAUAAUGUUUAUCACUUGAUUUUAUCACUAUGAUCUUUAACCAUUCUUUUUCACGAAAAAAGUUAAACUAUAAUUCAUUGAGGCAGUACCAGUAAAUGUGAUUAUUGUAUUGUACAUUAAUAUAAAGUUUGUAUUUUCACAUCUGCUAUUUCUUAAUUUCAAACUUCAUAACAUCAGUUCAGGAUUACAUUUUGUUUCCAGAAUUUAGCUGAUCAUUUUGGUGUUUUCAGGACGCUAUCAGUUAUCAGAUAUAAAGAACAAAAUCCACCCCACUCCCUAUUUUUAGCUCACCUGAGCAUUGCCCAUGGUGAGCUAUUGUGAUCACGCUGUUUCUGUCAUGGCAGCCAGGGGGCCUGGUCACUUUACCCUAUAUGUACAUAGUGGAAAUUAAAAAAAUCUUCUUGUGUGAAACUGCUAGCCCGAUUUUAAAAUAAUUUUACACAAAUGGCCCUUGUGUGACCCUCUACCAAGACUGUUCAGAUUAUUUUGAUUUGUCAAAAAAACAUGGCUGCCAGAGGGCAUGGUCUCUUUUCCCUGUAUGUAUCUAGUUGAAAUUAAAAAAAAAUCUUCUUGUGUGAAACUGCGAGGCCGAUUUUAGAAUUGCUUUACACAAAUAUUCCUUGUUUGACCCUCUACCAAGAGUAUUCAAAUUAUUUUGAUUUGUCAAAAAACAUGGCUGCCAGGGGGCUUGGUCACUUUUCCCUAUAUGUAUAUAGUGGAAACUUUAAAAAUCUUCUUGUAUGAAACUGCGAGGCCGAUUUUAAAAUAAUUUCACACAAAUGGUUCUUCUAUGACCUUCUACAAAUAGUAUUCAAAUUUUUCUAAUUCAUCACAUGUUUAAGAAAUAUUUGGAUGAUAAUCUAGCAGUGAAUUUAUAAUAGCCUUGUGGAAAAGAAACGAUAUACUUGCUUUCUCACAGUAGUUGAUGUGUUUGAUAGCUGUGUGUUGACAAGAUCUCAAAGAUUCCGUUGUAGAAAUUUGUUUUAGUUGUUACGAUUUCAUAGUGUUUUCUGUUGUUUAUGUUUUAAAUGUUUGAGUUGUCUGUUUGUUGAUUAUAGCAAUUAUGCAUAGAAUAAAGGAAAAUGAAAGUUUUAUGCAAAAUAUUGUCUAACAUAAGCAUAACAAAAAAAUCAUUUACCGGCAUGUCUGAUAAACAGUAGCAAACCUUAAUUAUGUGUACAUAUUUUGUUGACAUUAGAAAAUAAAUCGUCUGUAUUGAAAUUAUAAAAAAAAAUCUGUAUUGAAAUUAGAAAAUAAUGUCUGUAUUGAAAUUAGAAAAUAAUGUCUGUAUUGAAAUUAGAAAAGAAACCAUCCACAUGGAAAUUAUAAAAUUUCUUGAUUUACAUUCAAAUUCAUUGCCUAAGUAAGUUUACUUUCUAAUUUUCUGUUCUAAUUUUUGUUCAGAUGUCAAUUCUUUUUAAAUGAUAAAAAUGUGUUUGAAUAUGUCACCAGUUAUAAUUAUGCAUUUAUAACGUUUGUGCAAUAAAUUGAUACAUUUUCA